AUGCAUUUUAAAAUAUGGAUAUGGGUAUAAGUUUGUUAAUGAUAAGUUCCUUUCAAUUUGUGGUGAUCAAAUUGUCACAAUUGAAGAGGAUUGUGAUGAUGGCAAUACUUUAUAAUUUGAUGGUUGCUUCAACUGCAAGUAUUCUUAUUCAUGUCCAGAAAAUUGCAAACUAUGCUAUCAAGGUACCUGUUUAGAGUGCAAUGAUCAAUACUAAUUAUUAAAUUCAAAUUAAUGCAUUUUAUAAUUAAAUUGUGGAGAUGGUUUGGUUUAGAAAUAAGAAUAAUGCGAUGACGGAAAUGAUUAAGUAGUAGAUGGAUGUAAGGAUUGCUUGAUUGAAUAAAAUUGGAUAUGCAACGCGAUGACAAGAAAUUCUCUAAGCGAAUGCACAUUUGUUAAAGCUCCAAAAUUAUAAAUUACUUACCUCAACAUGACUUCAAAUAAAUAAUACCUAAGCAUUUAAUUUAAUUAAUAAGUAAAAAUAUACACUACUUAACCAUUAUCAGAAACAAUAAUUUUUACAAUAUCAAAGGUAGACAAGAAAAAUUGGAAUAGCAGCUUAUAUAUCAUUCAGGAUGUGGGAUCAUAUGUGAGUUUUGGAGAAUAUAUUAUCGAAAUAAGUGUAUAUCAAUUACUUGAAUUUAAACCCAUCUUAACAAUUUUAGUAAAUCAGACAGUUGCUAAUAUAGAUAAUGUUGCUUUGGAGGACUUUACAAAAUCAAUAACUUUACAAUAUCCAAAAUAUCUUGAUGAAACUUAGAAGGAUUAUUCUGAUAGAUUGAAAAGUUUAAAUAUUUAUUUAAUCUAUGCUUUGUCUGGGAUUACCUGUCUAAAUCUACUCGCAGGAAAUGGGGAUUUAUUUAUCGAAAUUUUGGCAAUCCUUUAAUUUCAGCAAUAUUUGAGGUACAUUAAUCUGUAAUUUCCAGAAAAUUUAGAGAUUUAUUUUUCUAUUAAUGAUUUGAUAACAAUCCAACCUCUAUUAGAAUUUAUAGACUUUUUAUCAAUAUUUUAGUUCAUUGAUCUUUAGUAUAAUUAAGAAUCAUAUUCAGAGGGAAAAUUUAAUGUUUACAAAUAGAACCCAAGUUUGAUCAUAAAUCUUUCCUGCCAAAUAUUAUAAUGCUUGAUAUUUUUAUUCAUUAUUAUGUUGUACCAAUUAAUAAAGAAAAUUAUGUACAAAUGGAUAUUUUGUUCUAGAAACUUUUACUAUGCCUCGACUUUAUCCUUAUACAUAAAACCAAAAUUCAUUUUAAGGUGUGAGGAAUCCUUUUAUAAAAUUUGCCUAGAUAUACUUAAUUUGAAAAAGUUGAUGUCUUUUUAAGGUUUAUAAAAAGCCUUAAUUCUGAAUGGUUGGGAUAUGAUAUUUAAAACUCAAUUGUACAUGCGAAACAUUUAAACGAAUAGUUACUUGGAUAUUGUAUAACUUUUUAUAGCAAGCAUAAUUCUUAUUCUUUAUUUUACCAUAUUAUUAGAUGGUUUCAAAUCUAAAUAAAAAUUAUAAAAGAUGAAAAGGUUUGAAAUUUUAUGUUUUGGAAGAUAAUUUUUCUUUUUAAUCUUCUUGAUUAAUAUUUAAAGAUCCCAAAUAUUAUAAUUAGGAUUACUCCUAUUAACAAGUAUCUUUUAGAUUAGCUUGUUAUUUAUCUAUAGGCAUAUAUAAAAUAAAAAUAAAUAAAUUGUCUAGUUGGUAGUAGAGAUAUCAGUACUGAGUUUUAUGCUCAGUUCAUUCUUAUACAUCAAAGAUUGUGAUGAAUAUUUUAAUGAGAGCAAAAAAAUUAUUUUAGGAUGGAUUCAUAUAGUCAUUCUAUCUUCGGGUCUAAUUUUAGAAGUAAUUUUUAUUAUCACAGAUUUAUAUAUAAAUUGGAAAAAAAUAUACAAAAGAACGAAACCAUAAUGUGCGAGAAAUCCAUUAUUUAUAUGA